CUUACUAUAUCGAGUUUUACAAGUAAAAGAGGCCAAAUUAGCAUUCUUCAUUGCGGAGUACCGUCCCCUUUGUUGUCCUGUCUGAUCUCUCUUUCUGCGCACUUUCUCCUACUACUUUCUUUAGUCUUCAACGGAGUUAUUACCUUAGAUUUAAUGUUCCCUUGCUUCUCAUUUUGCCUUCUUCCUCCUUUCAGUUCUAUAGCAUCAAUAUGGCAGCACUUCAGAUAGAUCUGACUGUUCUCCAACCCCACACUCUGCGUCUAAGCCGCUUCCUCUUCUUUGUCGCAAUUUCAUUAUCAUGCUUAGCCUUUCAUUGUAAUGGAGUGUGUGAGGUUUUCAGCUGUGGGAAUUACAGUAUGGAUUUUCCAUUUGGAAAGUUGGGCAGCGGCUGCGGUGACCCUAAGCUUCAGGUGGAGUGUGAUAAUACAACUCAGAAGCCUCUAAUUAAUAUUGGGGGCUACCAAUACUACAUACUGGAGUCCCGCAGUUACUCCCCAAAUACUUACCCUAGCAUGAGGAUAUUAUACAAGAAAUUUGAGCAAGAUGAAUGCGCUUUAUCAGAGAGUGUCUAUGAUCAGUUCUGGAGUGCCGAACAGUUCCAUAUUGUAGGAGGAUACACAAAUUUGACACUAUGGAAAACAUGCAAUACUGGUGAUGGGUAUGGUGCGAUUCCAGGAUUGAGCAAUUUAACGUGUAAUGAACAUCAAUACUUUACUGGCAGUCCUUUAGACUUGAGUCAGUACUGUACAUCAGACUUUAGGAUUACCUUGAAUAGAACAGUGUGGGCAUCGGGAAAAUAUCUCCUGUCUCAGAUGAUUGACCAAGGGAUCACUAUAGAAUGGCUUGCAAGCGGAGAUUGUAAGCAUUGCGAGACAGAUUCCAGAAACUGCACUCAUCUCAUAAGCUCAUCUUUCUGCUACUGCGAUGCUAUGUCCUAUUCACAAUGCUCCAGUGUUGUAGGUAAUUCCAAGACUCCCGUUAUUCUAGGAGCGGCCAUUGGAGGCGGUGUUUUAUUCGUAGCUGCGAUACUGAUUGUCGUUUUUUGUCGCAAGAGAUCAUCGGCCGCUAAGGAGCUCCAGCUUCGCAUGGCCAUGGAACCUUCUCUUACGAAAGUGGAGCAAUUCCUUGAUGAUUAUGCUCAUGAAAUGCCCACCAGAUAUUCUUUUUCUCAGCUGAAGAAGAUCACCAACAACUUCGCUGAUAAAUUGGGGGAAGGAGGUUUCGGUGUGGUUUAUAAAGGAAAACUUCCCCGUGGCAAUUUGGUUGCUGUCAAAAUUCUGGAUCAGUCAAGACACAUUGAAAUUCAGUUUAUGAAUGAAGUUGCAACCAUUGGAAGGAUCCAUCAUGUUCAUCUGGUUCGCCUGAUGGGAUAUUGUUUUGAUGGAUUUAGAAGCGCGCUCAUAUAUGAGUACAUGGUGAAUGGGUCUCUGGAGAAGUUCAUAUUUGUCGGAGAAAAGAAAGGAAGAAUUCUAAACGGAGAAGAGCUUUAUUCAAUUGCUUUGGGUACUGCCCGCGGAAUUGCAUAUCUACACCAAGAUUGUCAGCGGCGUAUAAUUCAUUUUGAUAUUAAACCCCACAACAUAUUACUGGAUGAAGAUUUCACACCAAAAGUAGCUGAUUUUGGUCUGGCUAAACUCUGUGGGAAGAAAGAGGACCAUAUAUCAAUGACAGCCGCAAGAGGAACACCAGGAUAUGCUGCUCCGGAGGUUUGGAAUAGAAAUUUGGGACCUGUUACGGGCAAAUCAGACGUUUACAGUUUUGGAAUGGUAUUAUUGGAGAUUGUUGGAGGAAGGAAGAAUAUUGAAUUACAAGCAGACCGAUCCAGUCAGUUGUAUCUUCCAGAGUGGGUAUUCAAGUUGAUGCAGAAUGGGCAGCUGGAGAUGAUGUUGAGAGGAAGAGGAAAGGAAGAAAUAAAAUGGGAAGAUGAAGAAAAGGCGAGAAGACUGGCCAAAGUAGGACUAUGGUGCAUUCAGUACAACUCCAGAGAUCGACCAAGCAUGAGCAGAGUGGUUCAAAUGUUGGAAGGAAAUGGUCAUGAUGUGAGCAAUCCUCCCCUGCCUUUCAACUCAGCCCCUGCGUCUCAAGCAGUUUUACCAUUUUCUAGCGAAGAAUUUUCUUCCACGGUGUAAAACUGCCCUUCAGUUAUGCAUUGACUUUAGAAGUCUCUGUAAUGAUUAUUAAAAUAUAGUAAAAAAAGUAGAGAAAAGAUUGUAUAUGCAACAACAUGAAAGGAUGAAGAAGGAUUAAUAGAAAUUUGAUGUAUUUCUACUUUA